AUGAGAUCUGCACGGCUGCAUGGUGCCCGGCUCACAAGCUUCCGUGGUCCUGCAACGCCACCUCUGGAUCCCAGAUCCCAGAUCCUAAAUACCAGCCACAGUUCCCUGUUCAUCGCUCAUCUCAUCCGAACACCGUCUUCCCUCGCUCGCGCGGUUUCCUCGCCCACCAAAUUGGUCUUCCUUGUUCUUAUUAUUAUUAUUAUGUCAGUGUCACUGUGCGGCUACAGAGCCAGAGAACAAGAACAACCAGAAAAGACAUUCUGGCUGGAGUUCCAGGUCUGCAGCGACGGUCAUUACGAUCAGGCCGCUCAGUCUGCAGCCGCCUCCACAGCCACAUUCACAUGCUUCGGCGACCUGCCCGUCGAGCUGCGGCUCAAGAUCUGGGAGCACCUCCUGCAGCCGCGCGUGGUCAUCGCGGCGUGCCUGGACGAGGACAACGCCGCCGAGAAGCGCGCGCAGCUCGCCCGGCGCCGGAACCUCCCCGCCGCGCCGGUGCUGCUGGGCGUGUGCCACGAGGCGCGCGCCCUGGCCCUGCGCCACUACGAGCGGGCCUUUGGCUGGCGCGUGCCGGCGAUGCUGGCGCGCCCGCGCUCGGCCGCGCCCCGCGUCUGGUUCGACUUUGCCCAGGACACGCUGCUGCUGCUGGGCGAGCUGGAGCCCUACGACAGCAGCAACAUCAACGCCCCCAUGGUGUACUUCCUCGACCGCGCCGACACGCGCCGCGUCAGGCACGUCGCCUGCGCGUUCGAGGAGCUGCGCUUCGGCGAGAUCGAGAGCGAGCAGAUCUUCGGGUGCCUGUUCCACGUGAUUGAUUCUUUCACAGGGGCGGAGCGGCUUCUGAUCACCAGCACCGAGGAGGACCUCGAGAGGCACACCAUGAUCGGGUGCCUGCCGAGCUCUACGGACAAUGUCGUGCAGAAGAUCUGGUGGGCGUGGAUCAACGGCACGAGUAUUGUCACCAGCAGGAUGAGAGAUAGACAAAUUCUAAUGGUGAGAGAGGACGGGCUAGCGGAUUUCGUUGCUGGGCAUAUUUAG